UGCAUGUAGUGCUCCCGUCCUAGUGAAAAGCCCCGAAGCCUCAGGCUGGGGAGGCAGGGCUGGCCCCGUGUCGCCCACCGGCCUCGGCGCCCACCCUGUGUCUGGGUGUCUGCCCCUGGCUUUGCGGCUGGAUCCAGACCCUGGGCUUCAGGGGCGGGCUCCUGCUGUCACUCGCACCUCGGGGUGGGUAUGGUGUGGCCGCUUAGCUACCUUUGGUCUCAGGUACCUGCCUGGCCCCGUCUUGGUGACACCCCUUAAACUCCCACUUUCUCGGUGUGGUUAACGACCUCGCAGUGUGGGCGGGGCAAGCGCCCCUUCUUCUAAGUCUAGUACCUGCCCCUCGGUUCAGGGGCUGUCACCUCCGCCAAGGGUAGUUAGUGCUUCGGCCCUUUUGGUCCCGGUUUUCUGACACCUUCCUCCCCUGCCCUCGCCAUGUAGGUUGUCAUUUCCCCGGGUCUCAGGCUCGUAACCCGGUUCACAUCAGUCCUUCCCUUGGGGUGUAGUCUUUCCCAGACGCAAGGAUCCCCCCUCUGUGCUCUUGUAAAGCCCCUGGCUGUGGGCGUGUAAGCUUCCCGGCUAUGAGGAGCCCCUCUUGGUGUCAGCAGCCCCAGAUGCGGGGUUCACACUCACCCACAGCCAUGCUGCUGGAGCCCCAGGAGGAUAAGGCUCCCUGGAGCUGUGAGGUGUGGGCUUUUGGGGCUAGGCUGUGCUCUUUCUCCAGAGUAAGGAAUCUUUAUGGAGUUGCCUCCCCCAGGGGUCGGCUCCCUGUCUUCCUUGGUAUUGGCCCCUCUGUGCCUGUCCCUGCUGUGGGGCUAAGGACCCUCUCAGGUGUAGGUGCCCAGGGCUAGUGCUUCUGCCCUGCCAUGAUGUCUCCACAGGGGACUGAUGCUCCUGCCCUCUAUCCUGAGGCACAGGUUCCUUGCUGUGGGGUGGAAGGUGCCUGAGACUGGAGGGGGAGACCCCACUGUCUGUUGUCACUUUCCUUAGGACUAAAGAUUCCUCUGGUGUACCCUUUCUCAGGUGGGAUCCCCAGGACCUAACACACCUACCUACGGUGCAGAGGCUCGGGUCCUGUGUGGCAGCGCAGCAGCCUCCCAACAUUACUCCCCAGGAGGCUGGAGCCCUCAGGGAGGGACCGCUUGGUGUUAGUCCCAGGACUCAGCCUUCUCCUCCUGCCCUACUCCUCUCAGGCCUUGGUGUGGUAGUGUCACCCCCACUCCCCUGCUGAAGUUUUGGGCACUCUUAGUUUGGGCCCUUUGUUUCGUGAGUGUUGGCUCUUGGGGUCUGGCGCACGGCUCGCCCACCCACCCUCGGUGUAGGCUCCUUAAUUGUGGUGUGUGUCCUCUUGGACAAAGGACUCCCUUUGGUUAAGUCUCCUGGGCCAAGCUUCCCAGGUUCCUUGGCGCUGUUUGAGACCCCUUGCUGUCUGGGAGCAGGCAUGCUGCUGGGGAGGACCUUGAUGGAUCCUCCAGAGCAGUGGGGCUCUCCUGUGGUGGCAUCUCCACUUGAAGACUCAAGCUCCAGCUUCCUUUCUCUCUGAUCCUUUACUGGGGGAUCUAAAGUACCGGCACCCUCGAUGAGGGGUUUUCUUUGCAGGGAGGGGUGUUGCCUCCUUUGUGGCUGAGGCUCCUGCCCUCUGUAGUGCCCAGUCUCUAGGGCACAGGUAUCCUUAGCCUGUGGUGCCUGCCCUUCUCUGGAGGCACUGCCUUCUACAUCACGCAAUGUCCUGUGUGGGUCUCAGCUAUGCCACUUUGAGGUUCUCUCUGAAACAUCACCUCCCUGGGCUAGGACUCUUAUUCCCCUGGCACCUUCUGACUCCUUCAGGACUUCUUGCUGCUACGGGCUGUCCCCCUCUCUGGGGGGGAUCAACUCCCCUGGGCCAGCCAUCCCAACCCCUCAGCCUGGGGACUUGGAGAAGGCACCCCCUCAUGAAGUAGUGCAGUGCCUUGUUUAGGGGCAUAAACAGGGGGUCCUGUCCCUUGGGGCGGAGGUAGGGAGCACAUACUCUUGUGUGACAUUCCUGUCCCCUCAUCCCACCCCCAGGCAGCAAGAGGCUUUUCUGGAUCAGGGUGUUAGAGCUAAGACUCAUCCCUGCAACCUCAGUGUUGGGGUCUGGGCCCUCAUAUAUACUUCUUAUGUUGAGUCUCCUCUCUUCAACUAUCUCCUGGGUCCUUUUUCUGGCUGCUUCGCCUUCCUGGAGCUGGUAUUUCCCUUGGGCCAGGCUUGGGCCUCACCUUGGCAUGUCAGCUGGCCCUGGGCUGCGAGUGUUGCCAGUUUUCUUGCUUGGCUUGUUGCAGAAGAGAUUUGCCACACCCACCUACCACCAUGCAGAGUGGGUCCCUGUGGAAGGACCAGUGCAGCCUCUUUGAGGUUGAGGGACCUGCCCUGUCUUUAUGGGCCUCUGUCCUGUUCAAAGCCUGCUCUCUGGUAGAGGCCCCCUCUCUGGGGGGCAACCUCGCAUAACCCUCCCUUUUAGAGAUCCUGAUCUCCCCUGGUCUUUAUGUCGGCCCAAAGGUGUAGCUCCCCCUCCCCCAGGCAAAAGCUCCUGGUGACUCUCUUGGGACCUCAGUUCCCUCUUGGUCACCUGUAACUCCCUUAGGGUGAAGAUGCCCCUCUGUGAGUGCUGGGUGCUUGCCCUGACGGUUUGUGUUUCCGAGUCUACAUUACCGGUGCUCUGAUAUGUAACUCCUUCGUACGUGCAGAUAGCUCCUUUCAGCGAAGGUCCCCUUUCACCCUCUCGUCUUCUGAAGAGUUUUCUCCUCCCAGCCUCUCGAGUCAUGCCACCUGCCCCCAGACAUCCAGCCCUUCUUGGUAUCCACCCCUUUGGGUUUGGGGUAUUAUCUCCUUUGAUUUCAGGGUUUGCUCCGGGAUAAACUUUUUCACGUUCUAAGGCUCUCUCUACUUGGGACCCAGCCCUGUCAGUUUGGGUGGGUUUAGCUCUUCAAACUUAUAGGCAUUUCUAUCCCCUACCUCCUCUCUGUCCCUUACAGUUCACACACCCCCAAUAUCAGACCCUUCUUUGGGAGGUGCACCUAUUUUUUGUCUCCUUACUUGGCUGAGAGUAGCCUCUUAGGUGUUAGGAUCUAGUCACCUGUAUCCUCUACCCCUCGAUAGAAAGUGAGGUCUCCACGUCUCGUACCUUCGUCCCUAGCAGUCAGCUGUGUGCUGCAUGGCUUUCUCCUGCUCUGAUUAAUCCUUUUUUGAGUGCCCCAUGCUCUAGGAAUUUUCCAUUUCCUAGGUCAGACGUACACAAAAAGUGUAUCUAUUUUCUCAUUUCAACAAAGUUCCAGAGUGUUGUUAGCCAGACCCAGUGCUGGGCAAUCAAGGCAGCAAUCAAGGGCCAGGUCCUUGUCAUCAGAGUAGAUGCAUCUUCCCUGUACCAUCCUGUGCACCCACCUCUUCCCAGCCUCUUUCUUGUCUCUGUGUUUGCACCAGCCAGAGAAUGAAUGUGCAUUCCUUCCCCAUCUCUCCCAGCAGCGUCCGUCUCCAAGAGAGUAUGAAGAGAGUGCGUCUGUAGGGCAGGGAAGAUGGCGGACAAGCGAAAACUCCAAGGUGAGAUUGAUCGCUGCCUCAAGAAGGUGUCCGAGGGCGUUGAGCAGUUUGAAGACAUUUGGCAGAAGCUCCACAAUGCAGCCAACGCGAACCAGAAAGAAAAGUAUGAGGCUGACCUAAAGAAGGAGAUUAAGAAGCUUCAACGGCUGAGGGACCAGAUCAAGACAUGGGUAGCGUCCAACGAGAUCAAGGACAAGAGGCAGCUCAUAGACAACCGCAAACUCAUUGAGACGCAAAUGGAACGGUUCAAAGUUGUGGAGCGAGAGACCAAAACCAAAGCCUACAGUAAGGAGGGCCUGGGCCUGGCGCAGAAGGUGGACCCCGCCCAGAAGGAGAAGGAGGAGGUUGGCCAGUGGCUCACGAACACAAUCGACACCCUAAACAUGCAGGUGGACCAGUUUGAGAGCGAAGUGGAGUCACUGUCAGUGCAGACACGCAAGAAGAAGGGUGACAAGGAUAAGCAGGACCGGAUUGAGGGCCUAAAGCGGCACAUCGAGAAGCACCGCUACCACGUGCGCAUGCUGGAGACCAUUCUGCGCAUGCUGGACAAUGACUCCAUCCUGGUGGACGCCAUCCGCAAGAUCAAGGACGAUGUGGAGUACUACGUCGACUCCUCCCAGGACCCCGACUUUGAGGAGAAUGAGUUCCUCUAUGACGACCUGGACCUCGAGGACAUUCCACAGGCGCUGGUCGCCACCUCCCCCCCCAGCCACAGUCACAUGGAGGAUGAGAUCUUCAACCAGUCAAGCAGCACACCCACCUCUACCACCUCCAGCUCGCCCAUCCCACCUAGCCCGGCCAACUGCACCACGGAAAACUCUGAAGAUGACAAGAAGAGGGGACGCUCGACAGAUAGUGAAGUCAGCCAGUCUCCAGCCAAAAACGGCUCCAAGCCAGUCCACAGCAGCCAGCACCCUCAAUCCCCAGCUGUGCCUCCCAGCUACCCACCCGGCCCCCCACCUGCCACCUCUGCCCUGAGCACCACCCCUGGCAACAAUGGGGCCCCCGCCCCAGCAGCACCUCCAAGUGCCCUGGGUCCCAAGGCCAGCCCAGCUCCCAGCCACAACUCGGGCACCCCAGCCCCCUAUGCCCAGGCUGUGGCCCCACCAGCCUCCAGUGGGCCCAGCGCCACCCAGCCCCGGCCCCCCAGCGUCCAGCCCGGUGGGGGAGGUGGGGGAGGCAGCAGCAGCAGUAACAGCAGUGGAGGUGGAGGUGCCGGCAAACAAAACGGUGCCACCAGUUACAGCUCAGUCGUGGCAGACAGCCCAGCAGAGGUGGCUCUCAGCAGCAGUGGGGGCAGCAACGCCAGCAGCCAGGCUCUGGGCCCCCCAUCUGGCCCCCACAACCCACCCACCAGCACCUCGAAGGAACCCAGUACAGCUGCCCCAGCAGGUGCUGGGGGUGUGGCCCCAGGCUCAGGGAACAACGCUGGGGGACCCAGCCUUCUGGUGCCACUUCCUGUGAACCCUCCCAGUUCCCCGACACCCAACUUCAGUGAUGCCAAGGCAGCUGGCACCCUCCUCAACGGACCCCCGCAGUUCAGUGCCGCCCCAGAGAUCAAGGCCCCUGAGCCCCUGAGCUCCCUGAAGUCCAUGGCAGAACGGGCAGCUCUCAGCUCCGCAAUUGAGGACCCAGUGCCAACGCUGCACCUGACUGAGCGAGACAUCAUCCUGAGCAGCACAGCAGCUCCUCCAGCCUCAGCACAGCCGCCCCUACAGCUUUCGGAAGUGAACAUACCGUUGUCCCUGGGGGUGUGUCCACUGGGGCCUGUGCCCCUCACCAAGGAGCAGCUCUACCAGCAGGCCAUGGAAGAGGCUGCCUGGCACCAUAUGCCCCACCCCUCAGACUCUGAGCGGAUCAGACAGUACCUCCCCCGGAACCCCUGCCCGACGCCCCCCUACCACCACCAGAUGCCACCCCCACACUCGGACACCGUGGAGUUCUACCAGCGCCUGUCCACUGAGACGCUCUUCUUCAUCUUCUACUAUCUGGAGGGCACAAAGGCGCAGUACCUGGCAGCCAAGGCCCUGAAGAAGCAGUCGUGGCGGUUCCACACCAAGUACAUGAUGUGGUUCCAGAGGCAUGAGGAGCCCAAGACCAUCACUGAUGAGUUUGAGCAGGGCACCUACAUCUACUUUGACUACGAGAAGUGGGGCCAGCGGAAGAAGGAAGGCUUCACCUUUGAGUACCGCUACCUGGAGGACCGGGACCUCCAGUGACACCGGCCCCUCCCUUCACCCUCCCCUCCCCCAGCAUGCUGAUCCCCUGCCCAGGUGAGGGCUCUGCCCUGGAAGAUGGGGAGGCCCCAGGCCAUGGGGCAGCCCCCUCCCCCAGGAAGCAAGGAGGGGCCGGGAGGUUUUCUCUUCCUCUCAGCCCCACCCUGGGGGCCUGGGGGCAAGGGCUGCCCCCCCUCCCCUCUCCAGUGAGGGACAUUUUUUGGUAAACCUAUUUUCAUUUUGGAAAAUAUUUAUGAAUAAAUAGUUUUAUAUGA